CCUAGCAAGGAAUAAAUUUGGGCAAAUUUCAGGAAACUCCCCAAACGCUUGGCUGACACAUUUGGGGGUUUAUUUAUGGUGCUGUCUCAAAAUGGACCAAACAAUUUGGGGUUUAUGUGAAUUUCUACCCCAAAAAUUUCUAGCGCGUUUCGAAGUCAUUGACCAAAUUUCUGCCGGCGACGAGGGGGGAGGCGACUCUUUUUCCUCCGUAGGCGCUCACAAGCUUUUUGGAGGUAAUUUACUCGGGUAAAGGCAUGUGUAUGUUUUUGAGUUACAAGCACAUGGAGAUUGAGAUGGAACAAGAAACUAACCAUGAAACUCUAUCAUCUUCAAACAAUCUUCUACAAUGGAGCCAGUGGCAAUUACUAGACUCCCUUCUCCCUACCGGUGGUUUUGCUCACUCUUAUGGCCUUGAGGCUGCCAUCCAAUCUCACCUCGUAUCAGACCAUGAUGACCUCAAAUCCUACAUCAUCCAAAUCCUAGACAACACUGGUAGCCUUCUCCUUCCCUUUGUAUAUACUGCUACAAAAUACCCCACAGUUGAAACCUGGUCAAAACUCGAUAAACGGCUUGAAGCAACUCUAACAAAUGAAAUCAGCAGAAAAGCUUCAACCUCUCAAGGAUCAGCACUUCUGCGGGUAUCUGCCUCCGUAUUUUUAGAAAUCCCAACUCUUAAGGAAAUACGGGAUACUUAUUUAGGUUCAGGGACUGUUUCAUUUCAUCAUGGGCCUAUAUUUGGACUUAUUUGUGGGCUUCUUGGUUUUGAUUGUAGUACUGCUCAAAGGGCGUACAUGUUUAUGACAAUGAGAGAUGUUGUCUCAGCUGCGACGAGACUGAAUUUGGUGGGGCCCAUUGGAGGUUCGGUGUUGCAGCAUGAGAUUGCUGCUGGUGUUGGUGAAGAGUUGGUGAAGAAAUGGAUGGAUAGAGAUGUUGAAGAUGCUUGCCUGACUUCUCCUUUGAUUGAUACAGUUCAAGGGUGUCAUGGGUAUUUAUUUUCAAGAAUGUUUUGCUCUUAAAAGAGUGUUAUGAAUGAUGUGAUUAGAGAUUGAUGAUAACUGACUGAAGCAUUAAAUGUUGUGAAGGUCCUCUUGUGGUUUAAAUGAAUAGUUAAUUGCACACGGACCCCUGCAGUGUCAUUAUUUUCCACUUUUACUACCUUUGUAGUUUCAUUGUUCCAGAUGUACCCCCAAGGUUUUUUUGGACUCUUUUACCCUCAGAUGAACUCACUAAUUUCACCCAAGUGCAAUAUCUGCCAAAUUUCACCUGGGUAAAAGAAUUGAAAUUUUUUAACUAAGGGGAUCUGUCAUUGAUAAUGAAACUACAUGGAUGGUAAGUGCAAAAUUGCAAUACUUGGGUUCUAUGUGCAAUUAACCUUUAAAUGAAUGACGAGUGAGAGAUAUAUUGCUAAUGUAUGUAUAUUUCUAUCUUUAGACAGAUCUUCUUCAGUCAUUUCGUCUUGGCUCUUGUCCUUGGUUUAGUGGUGCUUGCUCGAUCGAGUGAUGGAUACAAUACCUGAUACUAAGGAGAAUUUUCAAAGAUGGAUUAUUCAACUUGCAGGACCAUUGCGGUAUAUCUCAUACUAUAAACUCAACAAGGUUGAUUAUUGUUCAUAAAAGUAUCACAAUGUCAAAUACUAGAUACCAAAUUUUGUAUACUAUAGGUGAAAAAUUUAUUAUUACAGUGGCCAUUUGUGUGAUCUUGCCUCA